CUGCUGGAAUGGACAGGCAACAAGAGGAAGGGCAACAUUGCUUUAAACGUGUCCUGCUUUGAUGGUGUGAGCUUUCUGUGCCCAGUGAAUUCGUGGACCACAGGAGAGGAACUGGGACAAGAUAUUCUGCAACACAGGGGUGUGACAGAAGGCUGGCGAGGAUGGUCAGUGGCAAGAAAGAGUAGAGGCGAAUGGGCUGAGCUUGGAGGUCAUGAUUAUGCAAUGGACCUUUUGUCUGACCUGGAACUCAUGACAGAUUUCCCAAGGCAGAAAUCCUACUUCAUCAUUUCCUCUGAGGAAAAGUCAAGAAACCGGAAGAACAGAAAUGUUGUCUUUGGCCAUGGUUUCGACUCAGAUGAUGAUAUUCCCUCCCCUCCCGUCACACAGGCUCCCACCUAUAUGCCAAACUCAGCCAGACACAUUUCAGGAUCUGUUGGACAAGAUUCCAAUGCCCUCAAUGAAAACCGCUCUCAAAAAGGACUCGAUUGCUAUCUUGAUAGCCUGUUUGAUCCUGUUUUAUCACAUGAAAAUGGGGAUUUGGAAAGAUCAUCCUUAGUGUCAGUUCGAAUGAAGGGAGGCGGGAAAAUAGGAGCUGGCAAUGGAGAUGAGACUCAGCAAAAUUCAGAGAGACCUACAGAGAUCCCUGGAGCUCAUCAAGGCUAUGACCCUUCUCAAUUGAAUGUCCAGCAGCAAGAUUUCAUUAACCAGCAAGCCUACCUCCUGAUGGUAGUUGUUCAUAAUUCUGCCAUUCACACCUCUUCCAGAUAUAUCCUUUAUUUCAUUACUUGUCUCAAUACUCCCUUUGCACUACCAACUCUUGUUACUUAA